AUGGGAGCCGCAGUCCCGGGCCGGUGUGCGGGACCGCUGCCUGCCCGCUCGGGGACCCCAGAGCACGCACCAAGCGCCCCGGCCCCGCGCCCGUCCCGCAUGGAGCUGAGAGCAGGUGACUCUUGGGGGAUCUUCACCUUCCUGUGCGCCGCGCUUUGCAACCUGCCGGCGCUGCCGGCGCUGAACUGCUCCGAGGAGCUGGGCGCCGGCCAGUCCAUCCAGCAGACCUACGACCUGACCCGCUACCUGGAGCACCAGCUCCGCACCCUCGCCGGCACCUACCUGAACUACCUGGGGCCCCCCUUCAAUGAGCCCGACUUCAAUCCCCCGCGGCUGGCUCGUGCCGAGCGGGUCCCCAGCGCCACGGUGGACCUGGACCUGUGGCGGGGCCUGACGGACAACGCCCGCCUGGCCGCCAACUACCGGGCCUAUAGCCGCCUGCUCUGCUACCUGCGGGUGCUGGAUGGGCAGGUGGGCACUGCCGAGCUGCGCCACCGCCUCUCCCACUUCUGCGCCAGCCUCCAGGGGCUGGUGCUCAGCAUCGGCGGAGUCAUGUCCUCGCUGGGGUACCCGCUACCCGCCGGCCCCGCCGGGCCCCCCGCUCCCCCCGGAGCGCCCGCGGCCCCCAAUGACUUCCUGAAGAAGAUGGAUGAUUUCUGGCUGCUGAAGGAGCUGCAGACCUGGCUCUGGCGCUCGGCCAAGGACUUUAACCGCCUCAAGAAGAAGGUGCCGCCCGCCGUGGUCACCCUGCGGCUGGAGGCAAGGGGGUUCUGA